CAGUCAACAUGGCGGUGUUUCGCAUGGCAUUCAUUGCCAUUUUAUGUGGAAACAUCAACAAUAUAUCGUCGAUCACAGACUCAGCUUAUCUUGGAAAGGAGUUUGGCCUGGCGUUCUUUUCCAGCUUCCACGAAUCACCUGACCACGCCCUCCUUAAUUACGUCGUGAUACAGUCCGAGGAGGGGGGAGAGUGCACGGUAGAAUACAAACCUUCGGACAACAGUCAACACAAAAUAGUGCACCAUGAACGCAUCGCCGUCGGCGGAGUAAUAAAAAUAGGUCUUCCGGAAACCACUCAACUAAAUCUCCAGUCUGAGAUUUCCCACAAAGGUGUUUCGGUGUCCUGUACCGAUGACGUCCUUGUCUUCACCCUCGACAGACACUACGGCGAUGCCAACGUGGUUCAUGCCGUCCCAACAAAAUCACUGUCACACGGCUACUACAUUCCAGGCGUCCCUAACAACGCCAUCCUCGGCGUGGUUGCUAUGGAAGAUAACACUCAUGUUACCGUAAAACUGAAAACGAAAUGUAAGUACAACUACAAUAACAGAGACUACGGCAACUCUGACGUCAUCAGCGUCACUCUGGCGAGAAUGGAAGUGUUCGCCUUGUCGACGGGUCAUGUCGACUUCUUUGGAGACGAAGGAUGUGACCUUGGUGGAACCCAUGUCACAGCGAAUCACAACUUUGUCCUUUAUUCGGGAGGUUCUUGUACCUUCUUUGGUGACGACCGAAGUUCUUCAGCCGAUGGCUGCGAUAAGAUCCUGCUUCAGGUCCCUCCCCCGGUGAUGUGGGGCAAGGACUUCCUAGUUCCAGACAUGGCGGGGGAUAAUAAGGGAUAUCAAAUGAGGGUCCUGGCCAGCGUGGGCAACACUGACGUCACGUUGUCCGUCUACAAUGGAGGUGCUCCGACAACUAUCCACAACAGGUUAGGUGCUGGAGAGUUCAUCAACCACUCCGCUAAAGACAACUCCACUGUGGUCGUCCACUCGUCCCAACCAGUACUUGUGGUCCAGUUUCUAACCUAUGACCCCAUGACCCUUCUCGUUCGACCAAUAGAACACUACCCGGGUAUCACCAAAUUUGGGUCUAGAUAUAUUUUUGUUACCAUGGAAAAGACAAUCGGGAUGCAAAAUUAUGAAGAUUAUGAAAAUUACAUAACCUUGAUAACGUCAUCGGGUCACACCAAGGAUGUCCGACUGGACGGGAAACAACUGACUGGCGUCCAGUGGCAAAACGUCCCUCAACUCGGCUACUCCAUCGCUAGGUUGCCGGUGUCGUACGGAUCACACAUGGUGGACAGCGUCGCCUCCAGCAGUCCAUGUGCUGUCCAGGUGUAUGGCUAUUCCAGGGAAGAAGGCGAGGCGUAUGGUUACACCGCAGUGUCAACUUGCAGUAAACAAUGCACUGAUCUGGACCUGUCCUCAAUAGUGACAGACGCCCAGUUGACGACAGGCAUAGCGGACCUCAUAAACCAGGUGGGGACGGACGCCACAGAGAAACAGUGCCAGGGGGCGUGUGUCAACUCCGUCAGCGCCAUCCCCGCAAAAGCAUGUCCCAAGAUCUGCUCUUCAUUUCUCUUCUAUACACAAAAGUAUUACUCUCACUGAAGCGGACGACGAAAUCAGAAGUAUAUGUACACUCACCUGUUGGGCAUUAUCGUUUAAAUCGAAAAUUCGAUUAGUAAAAUCAAAACAGCA